GAGUGAUAUUAGCUUUUUAAUUCGCGUUAAGCAGAACUAAAAAUCAAACAUAUAGGUAUGGUUCCACAGUCAGCAGUGCAAGAGAUCGAGGAUUUCUUCGGAGUGUACUUGUUGGUGAGCAAAAAUGCUAACCCAAAGUUUGCCGGUCAAACGUACAUCGGUUAUACCGUUGACCCCAACCGCCGGAUAAAGCAGCAUAAUGGCGGCACGGACGCCGGCGGGGCUAAGCGGACAUCCAAGCGUGGUCCUUGGGUGAUGGUAAUGAUAGUUCACGGUUUUCCGAACAACAUCUCCGCCCUAAGGUUUGAAUGGGCGUGGCAGCAGCCUAAGAUGUCUAGACGACUGAAGCAAAUUCCCGAACUUCAGAAAAAACAACGCAAGGAGAGCAAUUUCGACUACAACUUUCGCAUUCUCACCGAAAUGCUCCGUAUUGGUCCAUGGAACAGACUUCCGCUGACAAUUCGCUGGCUGACCGAUGAGCUUCAUCGUGAAUUUGAGAUAGGAAAGGCGCCCCCUAUGCAUAUGCCAAUUUGCUUUGGACGUGUGAAGAAAGUGCCGAAAAAAGGAAAAGCGACCAGGGGCAUUCAACGGAGGCGCAAAAGAAACCCCAAAACGGCAGCGUCGGACGUAGAAUUGAAGAACAGUAAAAGUAAGCAAAUUACGGUUAAUUACGAUUGCGAUGUGGAUGAGUAUGACCUGCUUGUGAUGGUGGCAGAAGGGAAGGAAGCGAUCAAUCGGAACCAGCCUGUGAACAUGCCUUCUUCUGAGGCGCCACAAUCGGAUGGCACUAAUGAUGAUGGUGAUGAUGAUGAUGACGGUGAUGAUAAUAAUGACAUAACAAUCAUCUCUGACAACGAGAACGACGAUCCAAUAAUAGAGCUUGUUAGUGACGAACAAUCGGGUGUCGAUUGUAUGAUUUGCGACGGACCGAUUCGCUCCGAUAGAAUAAGAAAAGACUUCGCGCUGCGUUGUGUCCAACCACGGUGUAAGUUGAUUUGCCACAUUGAAUGCCUGGCCAAUCGCUGUUUGGAACCGGAACAGUACGUUCCCGUUGAGGGAAGCUGCCCGAUCUGCGAAAGCCACUUUUUGUGGGGAGAUCUGAUAAGGAAAGUCAAGGGCUGUAGUGACCUUGUGGAGGAUUUGAAUAGUACGUAUUUGUUGGAGGUGGACGACGUGUCCGACAGUGAUGAUGAUUAAAAUGUGCUAGUUUGGCG